AUGGAGCGCCCAGGCUUAUCGCAAGCUUCGAAGACGUCGGUUAACCGACAAAAGGGUCCUGUUCAAGCCCAGCGCGUAAAGUCUAGAGAUCCUUUUCCUACGGAUUUUCUCACUUUCUUGAAUGCGCUUCCGUCCGAUAGCGCCUCGCGCAAUGCAACUGAACAGGUUGAACCCCCUAGAAAACGCCCUCGAGUCGAACGAGUCGAACGCGUCGAAGCAAUCCCCAUCUCAAGAGAAUCAUUGACUCUCAAGCGACCGGUCCAACCCGAUGUACCUAUUGAUGAACUAAUCUUUCGCGUGAAUGUCAACAACCACGUGAAGCUACACCAUGAUGAAAAACAUCGCCUCUUAAUUAUCUCUUCCAAUGCACGAUCUUCUUACGGCGCGUUUAAGUCUGAGCUGGCCUUAGGUCGCCUCAAAUUCUCCAAGAGCACAUUGGCAAUAUUUAAUGUGAUGAGCCGCAGCCGUGACGCUGACGGUGAUGAAGGUGCACUUUGGGUAGGCGUCAGUGUUAGUCUGGAGAGGAAAAAUAACAGAGACCAACUCCAGCUCUCCCUUCAGCUGAACUGGAAUUCAUCAACAUAUUCACUACGAAAUUCCGCUCAGCGCGCUCUUAGUCAACAAGUUCUAGAUACGUUCUUCAAAGGUCAACCUCGAGAGCAAGGUGCUGCCAAUGAGAAGCUUUCGCCUCAGGCUUUCUACGAUGCGGCGUUUGUUCCAGAAAAUGAUCCCGUAAAUUCAUUACCCCUCUCAGUUCCUAAGUUGACCUCAAAGCUGUUCCCCUUCCAACGUAGGGCACUGCAAUGGCUUUUGAAUAGAGAAGGUGUCAAAUGGAGUGAUCGUUGUUCAGAUGGAGAGCCUGGCCUAGAGCUGUUAUCUCCGCCGUCAGCCAACACCUUGCCAUUGUCAUUCAGCACGGUAAAUGAUGCAGACGGGCGAUUAGUAUACAUCAGCAAUCUCUAUCACGUCAUUACUAGAGAUAUUAACACGUUCCGUAAGAGUGAAACUGUUGUAAAAGGUGGCAUUCUUGCCGAAGAAAUGGGUUUGGGGAAGACAGUCGAGACCAUUGCCCUUAUCUGCAUGCAUAGGCGUGAUAAUCUUCUGCACUUGGACAGCAACCCAGCUCAGAACGAGCGACCAAGCGGUGCAACAUUAAUUGUCACUCCAACCACACUCAAGAACCAAUGGGUCUCUGAGUUUAAGAAACAUGCACCACAUCUCCUUGUGAUGGUGUACGAGGGCAUAAAAGGUGUUAGUGAUGAACAACGAUUAGUCUCGGAACUAGUAAAUCACGACGUUGUCAUCACGACUUAUAACGUCUUGCAGACUGAGGUCCAUUAUGCAACAGAGCCCCCCAGUCGUUCCAUGCGACAUGAAAGAAAAUAUCACCGCCCCAAAUCGCCGUUGAUUCAGAUCUCCUGGUGGAGAGUAUGUUUAGAUGAAGCUCAACAAAUCGAGAGCGGCGUUAGUAGCGCUGCCAAGGUUGCAAGACUGAUACCUCGUAUCAAUGCUUGGGGUAUCACCGGAACGCCGGUCAAGACGAACAUCAAAGACCUAUGGGGCUUACUGCUUUUUCUUCGAUAUGAGCCGUUCGCCUCCUCUUUGGAUAUAUGGGAGGGACUGAUAUCGACCCAUAAGGAGUUGUUCAAGCCUCUCUUUAACAGCAUUUCCUUGCGACACACAAAGCGCGUAGUCAGAAGCGAGCUAAGCCUACCAGCUCAAAAACGGUAUGUUAUAACCAUGCCUUUCAAUACAGUCGAGGAGCAGCACUACCAGUCGGAAUUCAAGGAUCUCGUGAUGAGGUUUGGUCUCGACGAGCACGGAUCACCACUUCAGAAAGACUGGGACCCUGAGAGUCCGUGGAUAAUCGAUUCAAUGAAACGUGCCCUCUCUCAGCUCAGAAAGUCAAUAUUGCAUCCGUCCCUCGGAUCUGGCCGUCUUAUUCGGGCAGCAGAUCAGAAGAACAAGGGCCCGCCAACAAUCGAAGAGGUGCUAGAAGCCAUGAUUGAGCAAUCGGAUUCUUCGAUUAGAGCAGAACAGCGUAUUUAUUUACUCAGUAAGCUAACGAGAGGUCAGCUUUUGGAAUACCGCUCCGAGGUGGAUGAUGCUGUUAUCCUUUGGCAUGAGGUAGUAGAUGAGAUCGAAGUCCUAGAAGAGGAAUGCCGAACGCAACUACAAAGCGAGUUGGAAAAGGCUAAACAAGCAGGUUCUAGUGACGUGCUCAUGGAGGACGAAGAGGGCAAUGCCGAGAGUGGUGAUGAUACCGACGAGAAAAUGGCGUUCGGAAAAGUUAGCGAAUGCCGGCGUAAACUUCGAUCUAUGCUCGAUCUCCACCACAGAGCCGUUUUCUUCAUCGCUAGCGGCUAUUAUCAGCUAAAGACGGAGAAGUUAAUUCCUGAUUCGGAGGAAUACGAACUGGUGGAGGAGAAGGAGUUCUCCAUGUACAAUGAGGCGAAGAACAUUCGGAAAGAGAUUCUACGUGAGGCGCGGACCAAAGCUUUAUCCUGCAUUACUAGGAUUCGAGAAAAAGCGUCGUCGCAAUCGUUCACUGAGGUUCCCGAAGUUAAGCUGCCUUCAUUUCAGGGCCUAGAGAGUAGGCGAGUUUUGGACAACUUCAAGGUGCUCGCCAGGGCUCUCGAUGAGCAGGCAGACUUGAUUGACGAAUGGCGGGAAGCCGUUAUUCAAAUGUUGAUCCGGCCGCUUGUAGACGAAGAGGAUGAAAUAGAGCUUACGGGUGAAGAAUACGAGGACUCAACCAAAAUUCAGGAUGAGCUGAUGGUAUAUACGCUAGUUUUGAGAGCCGUGAUAGCCGACAGACGGGAUGCGAUGUCCGGCCUGGAGAAUGAGCGAGUUAAGUACGAUACUCGCUUCGCGGAGCGGCAAGCUAAAGCUGGAGAAGGCCACGCCCCCGAAAAAGUUCUUGUCUUACUUCAAGAACGCGAUAGAAUCAAGCAGUACUAUCGAGGAACCUCGUUCCGAGGCAUCGUUACGGAUCUUCGAGAGUUAGCAACGAGACUCCGCCAUGAUAUCGGUAACGGGAGCAGUCGUGCGAGGGUCGAGCUAGAUAUCGUGGAAAGGCAUCUAAAGCUGACGCAAGAGCAGAGCAACGCACAGAACAAGGCGGCGACGGCUUUAGAGCGAGAGUUGGACACUUUUACCGCGGCGAUGAAUGCGCGCGUGGAAUACUACAGGCAGCUACAGAGCAUUUCUGAUAAUGUUGCUCCGCUUGAAGCAAGCCAAUUCCUAGACGUUGAUGAUAAACUUGAGGUGCAAGGGAGAGAGUAUGAGAUGUUAUGGCGAGAGAGAAUCUCAAAGGGGAAAUUUACCGCAGCGCUGCCUAAGUACCGUUACCUCGUCCAUCUCAGAGAAGCGGGUCUGAAUUCAGAAGAAGUCUGCGUUAUCUGCCAGAGUACUUUCAGUCUUGGGGUGCUUACUGUCUGCGGGCAUCACUUCUGCAAAGAGUGUAUAAUGGCUUGGCUUAAGAAAGCCCACAUUUGCCCUGUUUGCAAGAUGAAACUUUCGGCAUCAAAUCUUCACGAUAUUACACUGAAAAAGCAAGAGUUGAAAUUCCACCAAGAACACUCGCAAGAGAACUCGCAAGCGUCGGACGAGGCCGGUACGCUUACCAAGUUCAAGAAGUUGGGUAUCUAUUCCGAAUUCAGCAGCGAUAAACUCGACGCCAUCAAGACUAUCAAUCUCAACGGCCCUUCAUUCGCUACUAAGAUCCAGACUCUAGCAAAGCAUCUGAUAUGGCUACGUGUUGAAGACCCAGGCGCCAAGUCUGUUAUCUUCUCCCAGUUCGGCGAGUUCCUCGAGAUCCUCGGUCGAGCUUUCGACCAAUACCAAAUCGGAUAUUCUUCUUUCAAGCAGAAGAACGGUAUCAACACGUUCAAGGAAGACCCCGCUAUCGAAUGCUUCUUGAUGGAUGCCAGAGCGCACGCUAGCGGCCUUAACCUCGUCAACGCAAGCCACGUGUUCCUAUGCGAGCCCCUCCUCAAUACGGCAUUGGAACUCCAGGUGAUCGCCCGAGUAGACCGAAUCGGGCAGGAGCACGAGACGACGGUAUGGCUAUACCUAAUAGAUGGCACGGUCGAGGAAUCCAUCUAUAACCUUUCCGUCCAGCGCCGUCUGGAACACCUGGGCCAGAGCACUAAAGGAAAGGAGAAGGAACAAGAGUCUGGCGCAGAGGUCUCUGACCUCAAUCUGGAGGCGGCGAACUCUCUAGAGCUCCAGCAGGCCGCCCUAUCGAAGCUCAUGAGCAAAGACCAGAGUAUGGGAGAGGUGGUCGAUCAGAACGACCUCUGGCAAUGCUUGUUCGGUCAUGUCACCAGGAACGAGGCCGCUGCCGACGAGCGGAUGAACGAUCCUGCUGUCAUUGGCUUCCUUUCUGGUGCGGCAGCGGAGGCUAGACGACAACAGGGCUAA